AUGAUUGUGGGAGCAAACGGGAGUCUCUUUGUGAACAACACCCACCCGGCGUACCCGCACCUUGUGGACUUUCUCACGUCAUGCUGCGAGCCCGUGAGCCGCACGCUGCGCAUGAGCGAGUACGUCAUUUCUCCCUCGUCACUUUCCGCCGCGAGUGCUGAGGGGACGUACUCGACGGCGAUGAUACGGAACUUCAUCCGGUAUUUCCGUCUGGACGAGCAGCAUCGGUUGCCGGUGGACUUGGCGAAGCUUUCGGCACUCGAGCGGCAGUUGGAGAACGGGGAGGACGUGGCGAUGGGGACAACCCACGAGUCAGAGGAGUCACAGGGAAAAAAGCAGCAGAAACAAGAGGAGGAUGAAGAUGGACUUGGACCGAAAAGGGCGAAAAAGGAGAAUGGCGAACGAGUCUCUCUAGUGAAGCAGGAGGCGACGGAGGAGACGGCAGCGCCAAGUCGCCGUUUUUUUUCACUUGUGAAGGGCGUGACAAUUCAGCCGGAGCCGCUUAUAUCUCAUGCCUUGUGCUUCCCUGAUGCACUCCGUCCGUUGCCACCCGAUCUUGAGCAGAUGCUCUUGGAGGAGGAGAGAUCGUCGCGUGUCCGCAUUGUUCUUCAGCCACAACUGCGGUCUUUCCAACGGCAACAGCCCCAACAUCAUUCUCAAGGACAGAUACAUCAUGAGGAUGAGGGGAGGCUUGUGUACUUCCUUGUGAGCCAAGACCGGCAGCAAAUGGAGUUUCUUGUUAGCCGCCUUCAAGAGUUUUUGGUGCCAGUCUCCCUUCAUGGCGUGAUGCGGUGGGUGCUCUCGGACGUGGACCGCGGCGUGGAGGAGAAAAGUGUAGUGGAGAGCGGCAGGGCAAAGACGCUCCGCAGACUUUUUGACACCCCGUCAGUGUCAUUUGCGUCGGCGAUGGAUGACGUUGGGAGUUGUGCCACCGCUGCCGCCAACAGUACGGGAAGGAAGUAUUCUCGCGUGGUAUACAAAAGCCAAGUAAAAGACGGAAGACUGCGCAAUGUGAGGGAACGACUUUUCAAGGAACUUGGGGUGCGUGCGGAUCUGUUCUACGACUAUGUUCAGGAUGGAACACUCGACGUGCGGGACUUGGCGCUCGCUGAACACGUGCGUUUGCGCCCGUACCAAGUAGCAUCAUUGGAGCGCUUUCGUUGCGGCAAUAAGGCCCAUCAAGGGGUGAUUGUGCUGCCGUGUGGGGCAGGGAAAACGCUCACAGGUAUUGGCGCAGCAACGAUUCUGAAGAAGCGGACAAUUGUCAUGUGUAUAAAUGUUAUCUCCGUCCUGCAGUGGCAGCGAGAGUUUUUUCGCUGGACGGAUUUGUCCGAGGAUCAGGUGACGGUGUGUAUUUCCGACAAAAAACAAAUGCCUGGGGAUGUUUUUAUCACGACGUACAGCAUGCUUGUUGCGAAGCGCCCCACUGCCCCGGAACAGGAGCAAGGCGAAGAUGCGAGGCUGACUAGCCGCAUCCUUGCGAGCGUUGAAGAGCAGGCGUGGGGACUGUUACUGCUGGACGAGGUGCACGCCGCUCUCGCCCACCACUUCCAGGAGGUGCUCAACAAAGUCAAGUACAAGUGCGUGGUGGGUCUCAGUGCGACGCUUCUGCGGGAGGACGACAAGAUUGGCGAUUUGCGGCACCUCGUAGGGCCAAAAUUGUACGAGGCCAACUGGCUAGAGCUUACCCGGGCUGGUUUUCUUGCCCGGGUUGAAUGCGCUGAGGUGCAGUGUCCGCUUCCCUUGCCUUUCUUCAGGGAGUAUCUGGACAGCCAGGCGGAGGAGGACCCAUUCGCGCGCCGCGGGACAUCAUCACUCGCGCGUGCCGUGGUCUGCUUCAAUCCGUACAAGCUUUGGUGCACGCAGGCCCUUUUAGAGUUCCACCGCAACCGUUCCCCCCCAGACAAAGUCAUUAUUUUUUGCGAUGACUUGGAGGGGGUGCAGUACUACGCACGACACCUUAACGUUCCUUUUAUGGAUGGGAAAACCACGGAGGUUGAGCGUGAGAACCUUCUACAGUACUUCCAGCACUCCAACGACAUUAAUGCAAUCAUUUUAUCCCGCGUUGGUGAUGUUGCGUUGGAUAUUCCAUGCGCAUCCGUGAUCAUCCAGGUCUCUGGACUAGGUGCUUCGCGUCGCCAAGAGGCACAGCGACUGGGUCGUAUCCUGCGUCCCAAGCCACCUUCACUGGACAACACCUGCUCCUACUUCUACACACUUGUUUCUCAGGAUACACAUGAGGUGCAGCAGAGCUAUGGGCGACAAAGUUGGCUGCGCGAUCAAGGCUUUGCGUAUCGUGUAUUGCAAUGUGAUUCCCUAUUGAAGGAAUUGCGGCGUACCGGAGGGAAACCCUGUUGUGUGGGACAUCCACAAUGGUGGUACGAGACAUUAGAGCGGAAAUUGCCGUCCGCAGUGGCGGCUAAAGGGAGCAUCUGGCUUCCCUUCUCACAGGAGGCCUCACGCCGCAUGCAUCGUUUCUUUGUGAACGGAAGAGAAGUCUGCGAACUGGAUUCUACUGUACUUAAUGACACACCACGGACGGCGGAGUUGGCGGUUAGUGGCUUAGGUGAAAAAUGGAUAGUGCGAUUCAGUGCUUCCAAUGCCCCAGAGACGUUUGGCACUGUACAGAUGGCUGAGGACAACCCAACCCUGGUACGCCGUAUCUGCUACGGCCCAUUGGACGCGGCGCACGACUGUCUUAAAGGGGAGGAGGAGUGCAUUCAAUACAUUCUGGGACAAAUGCGCUAUCGUAUCAAGAGACGAUCAAAUCCGCGAUGA